AUGAAGGGCAAGUACAAGAAUCGCAUGGAGCAAGUAGGCACAAGCAACAAUGAGGACCGAAUGUACAGUAUCGUCACAGAGCCAAAAGUGGCGAUUGGACAGCGAUGCAUUCUGAUACAGACUGAAGAGGGUAACGUGCUCUGGGAUUGCAUCACGUUUCUCGAUCAAGAUACAGUGGACUUCAUAAAGAGUAAAGGCGGGCUGAAAGGCAUCGUCAUCAGCCAUCCGCACUACUACAGUACGCAUCUGGACUGGGCGGGGACAUUUGAGUGUCCGGUAUAUAUGGCGAAAGAUGACGAGGAGUGGUUGAACCGUGAGGAUCGUGUGGGAUGUCGGAAGCUCCUCACGAGCACGUCGCAGGACAUCAUACCUGGUGUGACAGCAAUCAAGACUGGUGGUCAUUUUCCUGGUAGUCUUGUGUUGUUGUGGGAGGCCAAGUUGCUGAUAGCAGACACUUUUGUGACGGUGCCAUCCGCAAUGUAUCACAUAGAUCGCCUGCCGGGCACGACCUCAUAUGCCUUCAUGUGGGCAGUACCAAAUAUGAUUCCGCUGAACCCUGCGGAGCUCCACAAGAUGUGGCGAGCUAUCUCAUCUUUCGACUUUGAAAGCACGCAUGGUGCGUUUGUUGGCCAGGAAGUGAGAGACAGGAAUGUCAAGUCCAGAGUGCUUGAGAGUAUGAAGAUCCAGGCAAGAGCAAUGGGUUGGUCGGAUCAUCCUUUGUUGAAGGAGACUGUAUAG